GUUCAUUGCUUUUGUGAUAACAUGAAGAAUAGCACCAAGUUGUUAAUUUGUCAAAUAAUAACGUCAUCCAUAGUGGCCUUUGUCAUGUUUGUUGUUUGGAUUGGUGUUUUCUUUGGUGAAACCUAUCCCGAAAUUAGAGUGAAAGAAACUUUCCUUGCCUCUACUUGUAAUGUUGUAGGUAGAUCAGUCGUAUCAUCUAAAUGUUGUACCAAAGACUGUUCCUAUUGUAGCUAUUGCCAAAGUGGUGAUAGUUGCUCAUCCUUGGCUGUAACCUUGGCCAUCAAUUCGACAUCAGGUUGUUGUGAUGGUUACAAGUGUUGUGAUACAUGUUGCGAUAAAUGUCAGACAUGUACUGGUUCUGGCUCUUCAAAAUCAUGUUAUUAUCGUGAUUGUAAUUGUAGAUGUUGCAGUAGUGUGCAGAAUUUGCAAUGUACUUUGACAUGUAAGGAAUGUUGGACACCAACUGUUACUAUGGAAUAUCAAACAAUAACCAAUAGCACUGUACAAGCCAAGAUCUCUAAGAGCUGUAACACUGAUUACACUUGUGUUGAUAAUUAUUUGUCACUUUAUCAACUCAAUCAAACUUCACAAUGUUUUUACAAUCCACAAAAUACUCAAGAAUUGGCAACUUCGAAUGAAUAUACUCCACACAAAUUUGGAAUAAUGUAUACAUUCGCUGCAUUGACUAUUAUUUCAGUUAUUUGGUUGUUGAUUGUCUUGUUUAUUUCAUUGGGUUUAUGUUUACAUAAGAAUGGUUUCAUCAAGAUUGAAUUUACUAGAAAUGGAAGUUCAGGAAGCACUAGUGCUUAUCAUGAUGCCACUGCCACUACUACCACAAUUGAAACAACGACAACUAAACCAGUUGAAAAAUCUUAUGCAACUUCCACACAAUCCAUAACUUUAGACCAAGCAAAAGAUGAUUCUCAUAAUAAUGAAGUUUAUCAACCACCUGUUGUUGCUCAACCAGUUGCUGCUACUGUUGGAGGAAAUGGUUUCUAUGAACCAACUGGAAAUGAACCAGUCAGUCAACCAGGUGUUAGUACUUUGCCAUAUCCACCAACUAAUGAUUUCAAUCCUUAUCAACCAUUCAAUCCUAAUGCUAAUUACAAUCCAAAUGCAGACAAUAAUCAAUAUAUUUCUUAUGGACCUACUAAUUAACAAGUUAUCAAAUAGGAAUUUAUACAACUCAACUUUAGAAACUAGGUUUUUAUCUAUUGGUUAAACGGCCAAUUGAAUAUCAUCAAAUUACAAUAUUACUGGUAAUUAAAAAUAAAUUAAAUCUCUCAAAUUAUCU